AUGGGCCGCAGUGGGCGUUACAAGGACCGCGAUUGCGGUGAGAUAAGCCAAUAUUGCCUCGAUGACACACCUCAGUUUCCGGAGCACGAACUAUGGGAACACGAUUCGGAUCAUGCCCCGACACCUGGCUAUUGCGGCAGCCCCUAUGCAGAGCUCUCGACCCUGAGUCCCUCCCCAAAGAGCAUAGUUGAGAGUAGUAUCGGUCCUACGAGUAAAUCUGCCCCACGCACUGUCAAAUUUCUCCAGCUGCUGUGA